AUGGCUUCAGAGGACGCAAUUGGUCCUCGGAAGAGGCGCAAGAUUAGUCCACCUGGGACUAUACCUUAUGUCUUACAUUCACUCUUUGAGGAUGUGCCGUUAGCGACCGAGCACAGCUCCGAUGUCUACAUUACUUGUGUCGAGUACUGGAAUGAGAACCUGUACAUCGGCACCUCCGCAGCCGAGAUCUUGCAUUUCGUAUGCCUUCCGCCAGCCUCCCCAGACGAUGCCGCCGAGCCUACCUUUAUAUUGGCAUCCCGAUUGCCGAUCCUCUUCACCCAGAGCCCCCCGGCGGACGGUGGUCAAGAAGGCGUUCGACAAAUAGUCAUAUUAGCCUCCGUGAACAAGGCGUGUGUUCUCUGCAAUGGCACUGUUACGUUUUAUAUGCUGCCGGAGCUUAGCCCUGCUUUUGGAAAUACAAAGGUCAAUAACUGCCGCUGGAUCGGUGGGUUGGAUCUGAACUGGGAUGCAGAAACAGACGGGGAUCCGACUAUUAUGAUAGCUGUACAGAACAGGAUUAUGCUUGUGCAGAUAGGGGAUGAGGCGCGACGGAUCAAGAAGAUUGAGUUCCCCGGCUGCUUAACUGCGGCGCGGCGAGGAACGAUCGCCUGUGCUGCUGAUACACACUCAUACUCAUUACUCGAGGUGGCUCACCAGCAGAAGAUUCCGCUCUUCCCUAUAUCUUCUUCAAAUGAAGUCUUUGAGUCAGGGCAUGUGGAGGAUAUGAACCCGGCUCCACCAACACCACUCAAGCGUUCACCCUCUUCCUCCUACCCAACCUCGCCACCGACCAACUUGUCUGCGCAUGGUAGAAGCACAAGCCUGAAUACCUUCGUGGGAAUGCCCUCCCCGCAGGCACAACCGGCUCAGUUGGAUAGAUCGCUAUCAGGGACGCCCGACCCUUUCACAGCAACCGGUGAACCCAGAAGAUCAAGUUCGUCGAAGCGAGAAGAGAGAGGCUCCCCCAGACCUCCUGAUGAUCAGGAUCCAGGGAAUCAACCUUCAACUAACGACGGUUUGAAGCCAUUACCACCACUACCCCCAUCAACAAAGCAAAGCUCGAAACGUCUCCAACCUCAUGUAGUAUCCCCAACGCCUUCCGAGUUCCUCCUUGUGACCGGGACCGAGGAAACAGAACCAGGCGUCGGCAUGUUCGUCGACAUGGAUGGUGAAGUCGUUCGAGGCACAAUAAAUUUCCACAGAUUCCCUAAAUCGGUUGUGAUUGACACCGAAAACAUCAAUCAAAUAUUCCAGACCGGUGACGAUAAAACGGAGGAGUUUAUUCUCGCUGUUAUCGAAGAUGAAGAGAAUGGAAAGUCUCGAACGAGGCUUGAAAUUCAAUGUUGGGAUGAUGACCCAACGGAGAUGGAGCGGCAUAAGAGAUGGCUGGAGAUACCCUGUCCUGAUGAAUCACAAUCUGUUCAGGUUGGCCUCGGGCGCACACUUAGCCCGAGCCACCUCGGUCUCAAUGGAAUAGCGCAGCUCUUGCGGAUGGUCCGCUUGAAGAGCCCCACGCUGCCGCCACAUGUGGCCUUGACAGAUUCCAGAACCCAGGCAUCGAUCGAGCAUCUGCAAAAGGAGAAUGAGCUGUUUGAUUCACAUGAAUUGACUGACUCAGAAGGAUCCAAGAAGACGGACAACCACAGCUGGGAGGCGCAACGCGACGCAGAAGAAGCAAAAUUUGCACUUGGACUGGGCAAGACGCAAAGUAGUCUUGUCGUGUGGUCUGGUUCUCGAAUAUGGCGCGUGCUACACAGCCCUCUGGUAGUCCAACUAGAGGAAUCCCUGCAGGCCGCCCAGGUGACGGAGGACAGGCACACGGUGCUGCGUAGGGAGGUCAUCCUGGACUUGCUGCUCUCGAUCCAGGAUACCGAGCCGAAGAGUGAAGCCGAAUUUAUCGGACUGGGCUACGUGAAGCAAAAGGCGAGCCUCAUGCUUUACGGAGACCUCCUCUCUAUGCCGCCCGAUGACCGCAGUGAUACAGCAAUCAAGGGUACCGAAAAAGCCCUAGUGGCGGGUAACCUUGAUCCUCGCUUGGUCUUGCUGUUUAUUCCUCUACUGCGAUGCGAGAUCUUGCAAGGGCCUCAGGGCAUAUGGAUACAUGCUGGACUGGCAAACACGGCGGAAAAGUAUCUCAAGCAAGUCGAAGAGAUAGGCGUGGAGUCUUCUGGACCGGCAGCUUCUCGCAAUCCCGUUCUCGACAUGGUAAGACGAUUUCUUCUCUCCUGGCAGCAAAAACGAGGAUAUGGUAGCAUCACCGACGAGACAUAUGUUUUGGAUAGCACGGAUGUUGCGCUGUUGCAUCUGACCUUGGAACAAGAUGCCUACUUGACGCGAGACCAACGGGCAGCGUCACCCACUCGCUCCGAGCUGAAUCGGCUGGUCGAUAACUGGAAAGGCAAUUUCGACAGGGCAGUUGUGCUUUUGGAAACAUAUAAACGACUCUAUGUUCUAAGCCGCCUAUAUCAGAGCCAAAAAAUGUCUCGCAAUGUUCUGAAGACCUGGCAACGAAUCGUUGAUGGAGAGACCGAUGCUGGCGGAGAGGUCUCCGCAAAUGGUGUAGAGACGCAGAUGCGCAGGUAUCUGGUCAAGAUCAAGGACGUGCAGCUGGUAGAAGAAUAUGGCUCUUGGCUGGCUGCACGUAAUCCCCACUUGGGCAUCCAGGUGUUCGCAGACAAUUCCAGCCGGGUGAAAUUGGAACCGACGAAUAUUGUUACUCUACUCAAAGAGCGAGCACCCAAUGCCGUCCAGGUUUACUUAGAGCACCUGGUGUUUGCCAAGAACUACACACAAUAUGCCGAUGAUUUGAUCUCGUACUACUUGGACACAGUACUCUCCGUGCUCGAGGCGUCCCCCGAAGCACGGGCUUCCUUGGCAGAGUCUUAUUCAACCUAUCGAGCGCUUCGUGCGCCCAAACCGACAUACUUGAACUUCAUCACUGAGAACACCCCCGCAGAACCCUGGUGGCAGUCCCGACUCCGAUUACUCCAACUGCUGGGUGGAAUCUCCAGCUCCCAAUUCUCCUCCCAACCCAUUCCAACAGGAAUCAGCUACUCAAUCCCUGCGGUACUGGCGCGUAUUGAGCCAUACCAAAACGAGCUCGUUUCCGAAUGCAUAAUUCUCGACGGCCUCCAGGGCCACCACAGCCCGGCCCUCCGCCUCCUCACACACGGCCUCGGAGACUACGAUUCCGCGAUCCGCUACUGCCUGUUUGGCGGACCACGCAGCUCCUCCACUUCAACAGGCGCCCCGCCCGAAUUAGCAGACUACAAUCUGCAGAAGACACUCUUCCGCCACCUACUUGACGAAUUCCUGCACAUCCAGGACCAGUCAGACCGCAUCGAGCGCACAAGCGACCUCCUCGCACGCUUUGCAGCCUGGUACGAUGUCCGCGAAGUGCUCGAUCUCGUUCCAGAGGGCUGGAGCGUUGAUAUUUUGGGCGGCUUCUUGGCACACGUGUUCCGUGAUCUGGUGUCGCAGACUCGCGAGGCUCGCAUUGAGCGUGCCCUGAGUGCGGGUCUGCAUUUGCGGAUUGCUGCCGAGUAUAUCGAUGGGAUGGAGAAGGCUGGACCUUGGAUCGAAGAGGCAGAGGGGGUGAGAAGGCUGAAGGAUGCCGCGCCACGGCGGGCUGACCUACCGCAGACCGAUGGCCAUAGUGAUGCUGUUUCUGGUGAUUCUACGGAAUUCGGAGAGACGGUGGGGCCUACAUCUAGGGGAGUGGGCCAGUAG